CUUCAUUUGUGGACCCACCCCAUAGCCCGUACCCCCAGCCAGAGCCCUCACCCCGCACCCCUACCCCAAAUUUGUGAGUAUUCAUGGUCCACCAUACAAUUUCUAUUCCCAGAUGUGGCCCUCACGCCAAAAUGUUUGCCCCCUCCCCGCAAUAGACACUUCUAGGGAAGUCCAAUUAAGCCUAUGGCUUGUCUACAGGGUGUGAGUGCACACCGCAGGCAUGUAAAUUGUUACUACGUUAAUACUCACUAGGGAAUUUUUAGUGCAUGCCAGUAAGAUUGUGUGUGACAUGUUGGAACACACUCUAGCGUACACCCCUCUGGUUGCACACUAAUUCAUCAUCUAGCCAAGCCCUAAAACUCACCAGGGGAUGCCAAGAAGCCACGAUGAUCUUUUCUUCCUACCCAUAGGCAAGCGACUCUCAAAUGAAAAAUGUAUCCAGCUCACGCUCUUGGAGAUGCAGAUGCAAUGAGAUGAGCAGGAGAUUCUGUGAUACAGGAGAUUAGUCAAGGGUUAAGUUCUGUCUAGGUAGCACUAUUUGAGAGCUGGGCCCAUUAUCACUGUGGUUAUCAAUAUUAAUUUGGCUGCAUUAACGUGCCAUGUUUGGGUAAGAAGGAGGUGGAAUGGGGGAAAUCUAAGGUGUUUUCCCAAUUUUGCAAGCGACAGACUGUGUGAGUGCAGCACUUGGGAAAGGGAUUACUUAGCCCUGGUCCACACUACAAACUUACGUUGCUAUAACUGUGUUGUUCAGACUAUAACUAUGUCGUUGCUAUAACUACGUCGGAUCCACACCCCUGAGUGAGGCAGUUGUACCGACCUAACUCCCAGUGUAGACAGCACAAUCUCAGCGGGAGGGCUUCUCCCGUCGACAUAGCUACCGCCUCUCGGUCAGGUGGAGUACCUACGCUGACUGCAGCAGCUCUCCCAUUGAUGUAGGUAGUGUCGUCAGUAAGUGCUACAGCGGCAGGCUGCAGUGCAGUAAGUGUAGACAAGCCCUCAGGGGGUGAUAUCUUUUAUUGGACCAACUUCUGUUGGUGAGAGAGAGAAGUUUUCAAGCUUACACAGAGCUCUCCUUCAGGUCUGGGAAACUUAACCAGCAUGUCACAGCUAAAUACAGAAUGAAACAGAUUGUUUAGCAUAAGUAGUUAACACAUAUUUUAAGGGAUCAUUCAAGGUGAAAUGGCCUGUUAAGACCUCUCCAGUCAAAGGCGGGGAAAGGGGAGGGAGGAAACAGCUGGAGGGGAGUUAGUGGGUUAUAGAUUGUUGUAAUGAGAAUUAAAUCCAGUGUCUCUAUUCAGCCCAUGAUUUUUAGCGUCUAGAGAGUUAUGAAUUUAAGCUCCCAAGUUCAUGACUAAUCAGUUAUCAUGUUAUUUUCUAUACAUUACUGGAUUUAUUUUUCACCACUUUUAUGUCAGACUAUGAAAAGCUAGAUGGCAAUCCAGGAUUUUGAAAAUGAAGAAAUAAUUUAAAUAAAAAGAAAAAUGAUGCAAAAAAUUAAUGACAGUAUAGAUAGAGUAAAUCUGGACAACGUGGAAAUGAUAUUCUGAAACACAUUAUGUAUGUAUGUUUGCUUCUACUUUAGAUCUUCAUUUAUCAGCAGGAGGAUAAACCCACUUCAAGAGAAAAUGGACUACAAAACGUUACCUUUGGCUGAAUGGAAUGAGUGUCACGUCAGAGACUGGCUAGUGUCCAUUGGAAUAAAAGAAGAAUAUGUGAAAAAGCUAUGGGAGGAGGAAGUAACAGGUCCAGUGCUUAGAAAAAUAGACGAAUCUUUUCUCAAAAGCAUUGGUAUGAAAAAAGGCCAAAUCCACGUACUUAUAUGUGAAAGAAAUGAACUUUUGAAAUGUUUGAACAAAAAAGCAGGUAUAGGGCAAACAGAUAAUCCCAGCUGUAAGACUCCAGAAAUCUUGAGUGACACUGGUAGAACAACUAAUGCUCAGGAAAAGAAAGUGAAAAUGAGAAAUUCUAACAUGCCUACAACAGCUAAUGUACCAGCUGAAAAGAGAGAGUGUGGCUUAAAGACCACCCAAAUCAAACAGCCUAAAAGUGUACCAAGUUCUCAAGUAACAUUUCACCAGCAUGCAGCUUCAGAAACAGACAUCUCUGAUCCACUAGAAGAGUCUAGCAGGGAAGACAUGGAAAAAUCAGUGUCUACUCUUGUCAGGACAGAAAAUGGGAAAAGUCAUUCAGUGCAUAAAAAAAGAGUUGAAGCUUUAACUCUGAGCCGAUUUCGACCAUUUGGCACUCAAGAUAUUAAUUUUAAGUAUGUGAAAAACACAGUCCUUUCUCCCGAAACAGGAGUCAUUGAUUUGAUCACCCCUUGCCAUGAAUACAAAUCUUUUGCCAUUGCUGCGGAGCUAGACAGACCACGGCUUGAAGCAAAGUUUGCCUUUGAAGUGAUUCGAUUUGGCUCAGCCUGCAUGAAUAUCCGAAGUAAUGGAACGAUACACUUUGGUGUCAUGGACAGGUUUGAAGGUGACAAGGAUUAUGAACAUGGGCAGAUAAUAGGUGUGCCAGUCAGAAACAGAGACAUCUAUGUUGAUGCAUUGGAUAAAAACAUUGCAAAAUGUUUCAAUGCAUCUGACCAAGAAGCUGCAAGAAUUUGCAUUCGCCCUCCUGUUUUUAUUGAAGUGAUUGAGAAGGACACUCAAGACCAACGCUUUGUGGUGGAGGUUGACAUUGAACCAUCAUCCAGUACAGUGAAGGGGAAGAUUUUUCAAGUACGCUUACCUAGAUUUAACGAAAACAGCAAUAAGACAAUAUAUGAAAAAAAUCCAGUUCUCUAUCAAAGACUUAAGGCCAAUUCUGAACCUGUAAAGAAUGAAGAACAAGUGGAUUUUAUUAUUCAGGGUAUAAAAGAGAGGGAUGUUAGAAGAGAAAUUGCCGAGUCCUCCAGGAAUGAAGACCAGAUAGAAACUUCCCAAGAUUUAGGGCGUAAGUUAUUAGUUCUAUUAAAUGAUGGAAAGAACUAUAUAGAUGACUAUCUGAGUUACAUCCUUGUCACAAACAGAUGUGGAACGGAAGCUCUUAAGUCUGUCAACUUUUUAAUGCGCAUGAAUAUUUUCUGUGUAUUUGAUUUUGAUGAGGAUUCCAAUGUGUCAGGUUUACAUGCCAAGUACAGAGAGCAUCAUGCAACAAAUUUGCAUUUCUUGCAAAAUUAUGCCAAUGAAAGCAAGAUGAACACCACUGAAUUUAAAAAAUAUUUGGGCUUAGAUGAUUACACCAGCUGGAUAUUUUGCAAUGGACGUAGUGACUUCCUUGGGGAUGAAAAACCUUGUGAUGAAAAUACUUGGAUUAGAACGAAAAAGAAGUAUCUUAAGAAAGCCGUUUCUUUUAUCUGUGAUGAAAUCCUUCCAAAGGGAUCUUUUGUGGUACUGUUCCUACUAUCAUCACCUGUGGAGAAGCCAAUUGUAGACACCUUCCAGGAAUUCUAUACAGAAAUGAAUGGUAUGGAUUAUAUCAUAUGCAUUGCAGAGUCCAAAGAAAAUUAUGAGAAGUGGGCUAACCUAGCUCAGGCAUCUUGUAGCAUUGAGACACUAGAACAGAGGAGCAUUGUGGGCAUGAAGCUAAGUCACGUAGAUGCCACUAUUCAAAACAUGAUGCCUUCUACAAUAUGUCCCAGACGUUUACCAGUUUCCACAAGAGGUCUGUGUGUGCUUCCAACACUGGAAGAAGAGAAAAUGUUUUCCCUUGAAAUAUUGUGUACAAAUCAAUGUGAUGAUAUCAAACUGGAUCUUCUGAGCACAAAAGAAAUACAAGAGAUAGAACGAACAUUUUACCAAGGUAGAAAAGUCAGCUGGAAAAAUUUCUGGCUUGCUGAUAAAGGGGGCUGUGGAGAAGUCAUUGAACGUGAUGCCUGCAGAGAUGUUCAUAAAAUCUUAGAUGGCAUUUUGCACGAGAACAGAAUCAGGUGGUCUGUGGCUAAACUAAAAAUAUUUCAUCAACCUGGAAGUGGAGGAAGCACCAUUGCAAGGCAAGUACUAUGGAAAAGAAGGAAGGAUUUAAGAUGUGCUGUAGUCAAUUCCUCAUAUCCAGUUGCAACUGUCUCCCAACAUGCAGUUAAUUUUAGAGAAUAUGAUGAAAAUGACACGAAGAAUUCUCUCCCAGUCCUCCUCCUUGUUGAAGACUAUGAUGAAGAUUAUCUAGAUGAAUUAAAGCAUGAUUUAAUGGAUGCAAUGACAGCUAGAAGAGGUCAUUCAUCCAAGCCUUGUUUCAUCCUUAUGUGCUGUAAACGAUCUAAUGUCCCUGAAAAGCUUUGCAAAGCUUCUCCUCUCGAUACAGUUGCUGUCACUCACAAACUGUCAGACCAAGAGAAACACCUGUUUAAAACCAAAAUUGAAAAGCUUGAAAAGCAGAAAGACUUCAAGCCUGAAUUUAUAAUUACGUUUGUCCUGAUGAGUAAGGAGUUCAAGGAAACAUAUGUCACAGAGUUUGUAGAGCACUGGAAGGAAGGCAUAGACCUUUCCUCCCCAGUUACUAGUUUGAUGAAGUAUGUUGCUUUGCUCAAUUCCUAUGUACAUGGUUCAUACAUUUCAUUAUCACACUGUGAAGCUUUCCUAGGGCUGGGGGCAUAUGCAGAAAAGAGAGAGUAUGAUUUCAAAAACAACUUAAGUGAACAGGCAAAACUUAUUUUCAUUGAAUUAAGAGCAAAUACCACCUAUAUUUCAUGUGUUCAAAUAAUACAUCAUCUGGUUGCUAAGGAAAUUCUGCACCAACUCUCAGGAAGUCAGCCUCAAAGUCAAAUUGCAAUGAAUCUUCUCCAGGAAAAAAUGCUUUUUCAGCACAGAUUUGGACGGGAAGAGUUCAUAAAAUUCAUCAGAGAUCUGUUCAUACGACGUGACAAGAAGAGCAGGGGAGACAAUACUGACAGCCUCUUCUCUCCAUUCAUUGAGCAUGUCUGUAAGGUUGAAAACUGUGAAAAAGCUAUAGAGGUUUUAAAAACUGCAUAUGAAUGCCUGGGAAAAGAUGCCUACUUUGCCCAGCAGCUUGCUCGAUUGCAUUACAAUCAUGAAAAAUUUGAGGAUGCAGAAUAUUGGGCAGGGGUAGCCAAAUCUCAUUUGCCAUAUGAUUCUUUUAUUUUGGAUACAGAAGGUCAAGUGUACAGGAAAUGGUUUAGUUUUACUGUGGACAAAGAGACAGAUGAAGCCACUCCUAGUGAAGUCAUUGAGAUGAUAGAAAUUGCCCUUAAAGCUAUGAAAUGCUUCAGGGCUGCACAACAGGCUGCAAAGUCAGAGAUCGACAGCAUGAACAAUGCUGGUUAUUUUGGAGAGGUUGAAGUGGGAUGUCGUCUACUAAAAUUUCUGUCUACACUUCAGGUAUUUCCCAGAAACACACAAGGGGAACAUCCUGAGCUUGUGCGUUAUUUGCUAACGGACUACAUUCCUGAGGAAAUUAAAAAACCCUGGGGAAAGCUUCACAGUCGUUUAAAAGGCUUACGCCAGAACAUUUAUAAUGCUCUGGAGUGGAUUUCAGAAGAUCUAAGUUACUUCCAAACAGAUAAAAACCAGAACAAAGAAAAUGAAGCAGAGGAGAAGGAAGAACAAGUUCACAAUCCCAGAAAGUGGUUGAAAAGACAGUCUGAGGUGUAUGCCAAAUUCUUUACCUCAGAUUCCCUUACUGUGGUAAUAAAAGGAGGACCUGAAACCCAGCUAGUCAAAAGCAUGAACAUUUAUAAGUAUGGUGGUGGCAGUGUCACUACCAUUCUUUCAUUGUUGUCAGAUUCGAAGGAUGAGAGGUCAGUUAAUAAACUAGAAAAAAUAAUUAGCUUAUACCCUGAAGACCCACAGAAAGGAAGCUUGGAGGACAUUGAUCUCAUCAAUUACAUUUUGUGUCACAUCGCACUAGCAUGUUUAUCUCCUGGAUCUUCCAAACUUCUUCCUUUUCAAACACUUAGAGAACUCAGCAAUAGAUUCUUCAAACAGAGAAGAACAGCAUUUCCAGCAAGUGCCCAUUUUUUGCUCACCUUACUGUACUGGCCAGAUGAUGCAUUAGACAGAGAAUCUAAUCCAGAUAAAAAUGAUAUUCUCAUAGCCGCUCUUCAGUCCAUGAAGCGCUUGUAUGACGUCAAGAUGAAAAACAUUGCUCCAAGAAAAAAGAGAAUCUACACACAUUUUUUCCUGGGAAAAGGCAACGGUCUAGGAAAGUUUGUGCACAAGACUAGGAUUGAUAAAUUAAUUGAUGGCUCCCUAAAUGAACGACGAAUGAAGUGGCUACAUGGAGAUGUAUGGAAAAUAGGCAAAGUUCAUAGUGUCUUAAAAAGAGUGAAUGGCUGGACGGAAAAGGGAAAAGUAUUUGCACGGGGUCAUGUUGGGCAGAUUCAUAUUUUGCCUUUACAUUUUGAUUCAGUGCCUCCAGGAAAUGAAAAUGUUACAUUUUAUUUAGGAUUUUCAUUUAGUGGGGUUGUUGCCUAUGACAUUCAGGUAAUAAAAUAAAUCAAUCUCCUCCAGAAACUAAGGUACUUAGUGCAUUAAGUUGAAAUUCCCACUGGACUGAAAACAUUGCAAGAUAUUAAAAAAAAUUUUCCUGUUACAUUCUGAAAAGAACAUACAGCAAAAAUAAGUCCACCUGUCCAAAAUGAGUAAUAAAUCUUUUUCUAAGAGCAAGUACAACCAAAACUCUGACAUAGUGUCAUUAGUGUCAACUGCCAUAUGCAAUUUUCAAGUCAUUGUUUUGUAUCUGAAUACUUUGUUUCAAUGUAGCUGUCAUGAUUCAAUUCCCCCUUAGGAAAUUUUUAAGUUAUUGUCUCUUGGAAAGGACGAAGAAAACUGGAUAUUCAACAUAGAGAGGCUUCAUCCUUUAUUUGUAUAAAAUUGAAAUGAUAUGUAAGUUUUCAUAUCAAUAACACAAACUUAGAAACAAAAUAUGACCCAGCACUUAUAAGAAGAAGAGUAGUGAUGGAGCUGCUCCAAGAUCUUGAAUGCUAGGAAAUCCUUUUAAAAUCUGUAAUCAUGGUGACUGAACUAUUUUUGGUCAUAGAAUCAUAGAAGAUUAGGGUUGGAAGAGAUUUCAGGAUGACAGCUAGUCCAACCCCCUGCUCAAA